AUGUCACUUAGCGAAGCAGAGCGCGUGUCGCACCUUCAGGAGGCGCAGACCAAGGCUGUUGCUCUAUUCAAAGAAAUAGAAGAGACGCUCAUCCGGCCCGGCAUCAGCGACAAGACGCUGAGCGCAGAGAUUGCCGCGCUGGGCAAAGAGCGGCACGGACUCGAGACGCACUGGCACAAGCGCAUCGUCCGCAGCGGGCCCAACACGCUGGCGGCCUACAAGGAGAACCCGCCGGACCGCGUCAUCGAAGAGGACGACAUCCUCGUCGUCGACCUGGGCCCCGUCUUUGAAAAGUGGGAGGCCGACUUUGGCCGGACCUACGUGCUGGGCAACGACCCGCGCAGGAUCAAGGUGCGCGACGCGCUGGAGCCCAUGUGGCACGAGAUCAAGGCCAAGUACCGCGAGCGGCCCAGCAUGACGGGCGCCGAGCUGUACGCGAUCGCAAAGAGCACGGGCGAGGCGGCAGGCUGGACCUGGGGAGCGCACAUUGCUGGGCACAUUGUAGGGUCGUUUCCGCACGAGCGCAUCCCGCAGGACCAGUGGCCGCUGUACAUUGCAGAGGAGAACACGACGUCGAUGCAGACGGUGGGCAAGGAUGGGUAUAUGAGGCAGUGGAUUCUGGAGAUUUAUCUGCACGACAAGGAGGGACAGUUUGGAGGCUUUUUUGAGCAACUUUUGACAGUGGAUUAG